AUCGCCACCGGCCGCGCGGGGCGGGCGUAACGUCGUCACCCCCCUCCCCCCCUAACGCCAACGACGCCGCCGCUUGCCGCCGCCGCCGCCGUGGCCGGGGAGCGGAGCCCGCGCGGCGCGUAGCCCUAACGCCGCCACCACCACCCACGAUACGAUGGCCUCCUGCGACGACGACUUCGGUCUCCUCGGUGACGGCCCCGUCCCCGAGGAGGAGGCGGCGGCGGCGGCGGCGUCGUCGCAGGCCGCGCCGCCGCCGCCGCAGCAGCAGGCCCAGGCCUUCUGCUUCGGCGAUGCGGCCUCGGUCGCCGGGGCCGGGGCGGGCGUGGGCCCCUUCGCUCCGAUGGGGCAGGAGGAGGGAAACCACAGCGCGGAGCGAGGGAAGGCGGCGGCGGCGGCGGCGCACCACUCCAAGCGGGGGAGGGACCGGGCGGAGGAGUUCAGCGAUGGGGGAGAGUACUGCUCCUACCUCAACAGCGGCGGAGGUGGCGGCGGCGCGGGGAAGAAGGGCCGCGGCGGGGGCGGCGGUGGCGGGGGCGGGGUCGCGGCCGGCUCGUCGGAGUACCGCAAGGACCGGGAGGAGUGGACGGACGGCGCCAUCAGCAGCCUCCUCGACUCGUACACGGACCGGUUCGAGCAGCUCAACCGGGGGAACCUGCGGGGUCGGGACUGGGAGGACGUCGCCGCCGCCGUGACCGACGGGCAGGGCAAGAGCAGCGGGGGCAAGAGCGUGGAGCAGUGCAAGAACAAGAUCGACAACCUCAAGAAGCGGUACAAGGUGGAGUGCCAGCGGCUCGCCGGCUCGGGGGCCUCUGCCGUCAGCCACUGGCCCUGGUUCAAGAAGAUGGAGCAGAUCGUCGGCAACUCGUCUUCUCCCGCUUCCUCCAAGGCGUUGGUGGCCUCCGACGACGACAACAAGCCACGGCAACCGCAGCAGCAUAGCAGCAAAAGGCACGCUCCUUCUGGCAGUAGCACCCCCACCUUCGGCGGCAGCUCCAGAUUGGCCCCUCCAUCAAAUCCAAAAUGGAAAAGGGUGCUUCUCAAGAUUGGGGGCACAGCAUUGGCUGGAGCGCCUCCUCAAAAUGUUGAUCCUAAGGUAAUUAUGCUGAUUGCCCGAGAAGUUCAAGUGGCAUGCCGCCAUGGUGUUGAGGUGUCAAUUGUUGUGGGAGGUCGGAAUAUAUUCUGCGGCGACACUUGGGUUUCUGCAACGGGCACUGAUAGAGCUUCAACAUACUCAAUCGGGAUGAUGGCAUCAGUGAUGAAUGCAGUACUGCUCCAAGCGUCACUAGAAAAGAUAGGUGUGGAGACACGAGUCCAAACUGCACUGAUGAUGCAAGAAGUUGCAGAGCCAUACAUAAGGCGACGAGCCAUACGCCAUCUUGAAAAAGGAAGGGUCGUUAUCUUUGCUGGUAUUGGUGCUGGCAUAGGAAAUCCACUUUUCACCACAGAUACAGCUGCUGCCUUGAGAGCUUCUGAAAUCAAUGCAGAUGUUGUGCUUAAAGGUACCGCCGGAGAUGACGAUUAUGGUUGUCCUCCUAGGGGCAACAACAAUCCACCUUUUGAGCACAUCUCAUUUAGGGAGUUAGCGGCUAGAGGAUUCAGCAGAAUGGAUAUGACAGCGAUUACAUGUUGUCAGGAAAAUAAUAUUCCUGUUGUCAUCUUCAACAUGUUAGAGCCUGGCAAUAUCUCCAAAGCAAUUUGUGGGGAUCAAGUAGGUACAUUAGUUGACCAAUCAGGAAGGAUUACAUAAACUUUAAGAAGGUUAGCUGCGGUAGAGCAUUGGGUCAUGCCCGUACUAUGGGGGUAGCCUGCAUAUUGGUUGAUUUUUGUGGAUGCGAGAGCGGGCAUGUUCCUUGGACAGAAGGCUCCCACCUUGAUUUGUCUGGGAUGCUUGUUGUGUACUAUCUGUUCAGUGCCAAUUCUCUACAACGGAGGAGAAAAAAAAUUGUAGUAUCCAUUUGUAAUGUGAUAUGUAGAUUAGAUUAGUUUGAUGGGCAUGUAUCCUUGUAUAAAUUGGUUCACGGGUAACCGCAUCAAAGUAGGGCUGUAACCUUGUAAGGCUGUUGUUGAAGUUUAGUGUUGUAUUGGGGAACAGCAUUUUAUCUCUUUUCUUUGCCAUUCUUGCAAUCAUCUUUAUCUUGAAAA